CAAACUUUGUGUUGACUGCACGUUUUGUUUACAAUUGCAGCGCAUUCCACAACGUUGCUGCAUUUAAAUUAAUUGAAUUAAUUUGUAAAAGAAAAUGAAAAAUCAAGAACUAAUUGAUUAUCUAGAGAGCUGCGGCGUUUGUCGCGUGUGUCAGUUGCGCUACCUAAAGGCGCGCGGCACUGAAUACCGCGACAUGCAGAAAACCUUUCAGCGCCUGGAUGUAAAAGUGCCUGCAGAUGGUAUAAAGGAUGAACCAGCCGAUGAGCAGCCCACCAAAAAGCCACGUCUGGACAUUUGUUCCACUUGCCUGGGACUUUUUUCCGAGGACUUCCAGCAACAAUUGAUCGAUGGCAUUUUGCACUCGGAUUUUGCCAAAUACGACAGCGCAGGAAUCGUUUUAGCUUUCAGUUUGCCAAUGGCGCUACAGCUGCGUCAGCUCUCCAUGUGGUUUGCUUUGCAGCGCAAAUUUGGCGCCGCGGUGGACAACAACUUUGCACCUGAUGUAUCCAUCAAGGAGGCUGUAAAACUCAUAUUACAUCCUAUUGUUUGCACGCAGUUGGACAAGGAAUACGAUGCCAAUGGGCUAAUGAUUAACAUUGAGUUGCGGCAUAGCACAGAGGAGGUGGAUGUGGCCAAGCUGGUGGAGCUAAAUAAGGCAGCAUUUCCCGCAAAGGCGGCACAUCAGAAACGCAUCGAAAUCUCGCGAGGUCUGCUCGAAAAACAGUACCAACCAGCACGUCUCAAAGCUGAGCUCUUUGAGAAGUUCCUGCCAAUACCUCCGGCGCCUGUUACGGAUCCUCUGGAACUGCAGUCCAUAGAUCUAUUGGGUCCUUUGGUUUGUGUGGCGGGACGCUAUCGCAAGCUGAGCCGCGAACUCUCGCAUACGCCUUGGGUGCUGGAUGGGAAACGCAUCAUGGAGGACAGCAUUGAGGAGAUUAUCAUACGCAAUGUAGGAGGCCACUUUAGUGAGACGCCGGAGAAGAUUACGUUCAUGUCCAGCGGUCGUGAGGAUGUCGAUGUGCGUUGUUUGGGCAAAGGACGUCCAUUUGUCUUGGAAAUUCAAAAUGCACGUUGUGGCAGCUUGACCCAAGCACAAGCAUUGGCUAUGGAGCAAGCUGUGGAUGCCACGGGCACGGUGUCCAUACACAAUCUGCAGGUGGUGCCGCGUGAAGAAUUGACGCACAUUAAGACGGGUGAGGAGCAGAAGCGUAAAUAUUAUCGUGCUCUCUGUGUGCUUGAACAGCCGGCGACGUUGGACAUACUACAGAAAUUGCAAAUCUCGGAGAGCUUUGACAUACAACAAAAGACGCCCAUACGUGUGUUGCAUCGUCGACCCCUGCAUACGCGUCCUCGAACUAUAUUCGAGGUAAAGGCACGCGUGCAGCGCGAGAAUCCGCGUUUGUUGGUCAUUGAUGUUGUGAGUCAAGCGGGCACUUAUAUCAAGGAGCUGGUGCAUGGUGAAUUUGGACGCACGGCGCCUUCGAUAGCUUCGAUAAUAGGCCAGCCCAUUGACAUCUUGGCAUUGGAUGUGGUGGGCAUUGACUUGGAUUGGCCGGCCGAUGUAAAUAAUGCAGCUGCUGUUGAAUAAUCGUUACCUUUUUGAAUUUAAAGCUUGUACAACACUGGAAAUCAGCUAUCAGAGGAAUAGGACUACAAUUCCAGACAAUAG